UAUUUGCAAGUCAAAUAACGUGGGUGGAAGGACUGGCAAUGAACCCAGUUGCGGUAAUAUUUAAGGAAGUGCACAGAGCGAUUUCUUAGUUGGCCUCGUCUGGCAAGAGAGAUGGAACAACUGAAUCCGCAGAGCGUUCUGGUGACUGGUUCCAAUCGAGGACUCGGCUUGGAGCUGGUCAGGCAGCUGGCAAAAAGGAGCAACCCUCCAAAAUGGAUCUUUGCAACUUGCCGGGACCCGGCUGGACCCCGUGCUCAGGACCUGAAGAAUUUGGCUGCUGAACACCCACAAGUUAUCAUCAUCGCAUUGGACGCGGAUGAUCCAACUAGCGUCAAGGCUGCCGCAGCUCAAGUCACAGAAUGCGUAAAAGGGGCAGGAUUGAACCUCCUGAUUAAUAAUGCAGGAAUUGUAAAUAGCAGCAGCUUGGAGACUGAAACACCCGAGAGCAUGGCUGAGACCUACAGAACCAAUGUGAUUGGGCCCAUGAUAGUUGUCCAGGUGUUCAUUCCUUUGCUGAGAAAAGCAGCUCACGAAAGUCCCUUGAAAGGCAUGAGCUGCAGUAAAGCAGCCAUCGUCAACAUUUCCAGUGAAGCAGGUUCCAUCACAAGCGUCCUUGAAUGGCAGCGGGGCCACGUCAUUGCUUAUCGCUGUAGUAAGUCUGCUCUGAAUAUGCUGUCCAAAUGCCAGUCCUUGCACCUUGCCAAAGAUGAGAUCUUGUGCGUUGCGUUGCAUCCUGGAUGGGUACAGACCGACAUGGGAAAUUUAAUGGGAAAACCCCCAUUGACAAAGGAGCAGAGUUUGCGAGCUAUUCUGAACACCCUUGGCCGUCUCUCUGAGAAAAAUACUGGCACAUUUGUCAACUGGGAAGGGAAUCUUGUUCCCUGGUGAGACAACCAAGGUUUUGCUUCUCUGCACUGAAAGGCAAAGUUCUCAUCAAAGACAAUGCAGUUUUUUAUCUUCAGUGCUCAUUAUAUCCUGCUCUGCUGCAUGUGCUCCAACUCGCCUUUGCUUCAGGUAAUCUGUUUGGCGCCCAUCAAACCUUGCCCGUCAGCCAGGCUCUUUCAAACUGCAGGUCCCUGUGAUUUGUCUAAACACGUCCAGAUGUCACUGGCAGCAGUUGCAAAGCAGCCAUUUUGUAUUGGAAAAUUUUCUUUCCAGAUCUCUAGAAUCUAAAGCAUACAUUUAAGAGAUGCAUACAUUCAAGAGGAUGAACUUUCCCCCCAAUUCCACAUCUGGCAACGCGAGUCUAGAUGUGGGCUGUACCUCUCUUGCAAAAAGGCCAUCUGGAACAUUUUAUACUUCCAAUAUGUUAAUCUACUUUUUAAA